AUUUUACUUAAAUGGACUUGAAGUCAAGGAAACUUUAAUGUGUUGAUUCCAGCACAUGUUGGCAGAAAAUCUGUUGGUCUUUAUUUUCCUAAAGGCUGCUUUAAAAGUGGGUGAGGUUCAGAGGUUUGGCUGCAGGGUUGAAGGUGAGAGAAUUUGUGGAGCUGGAAUUUCCUGAAAGGUAUACAAACCUGCAUGUGUGCGUGCACGAGGAUGCACGCAUGUUAAAAGCCUGAGGGAGGAGAAGUUUGAAGGCGGCGCAUAUCAAUCCUUACAUAAGACUCAGAAGGAGCUGCUCAGACCGAACAAUGUGUACAGAGAGGCACAAAGCAGAGACUCUGCAGAGAGCUUUCUGUUUGUUUGGACAGGCUGAAAGCGUGUGCGUGUCCUAUGAACAUGGAGCGUAUAGAAGAACAACACGAUGGAGCGAAAGCCCCGUCAGCCAAUAAGAACGGGAAGAAGGCGGACUCUGGGUCCAGCAGCAGCAGCAGCAGCUUCUUCACCUGGUUCAUCGUGUUGGCCCUGCUGGGCGUCUGGACGUCUGUAGCCGUGGUCUACUUCGACCUGGUCGACUAUCAAGGAGUUCUUGACAAGGCUAAGGGCUUACAAAUUAACCUGUCUGAGGCCUUGCAAGGUAAACUGGUGGCCUACGAUACGGACGGAGACGGAGAUUUUGAUGUGGAGGACGCUAAAGUUCUGCUAGGACUCAAAGAGAAGGCCGUCCUCGUCUCGGCUCGUAGCGGAGAUGCCGCCGCCCCGGUGGAAGCCGCUGACCCAGAACCAGAACCAGAACGAGCAGCCGUCAUUGAGCCUGACCCCGUCCCAGUGGAGGAUGUUAUUGAAGCUGCUGUGGCAGAAGACACGUCUGCUCCACCUCCAGAGCCUGAACCUGAGGUAGCGGAGGAGCCUGAGGUGGUCGCACCUGAGCCAGAACCAGAACCAGAACCAGAGCCUGUGGAGACCACCGAGGUGUUUGAGGAGGAUCCAGAGGUGCUGGAGGAGGAGCCUCUACCUGUGGAGGAGGAGCCUCUACCUGUGGAGGAGGAGCCUCUACCUGUGGAGGAGGAGCCUCUACCUGCUGAGGAGGAUGCUCCAGCUGAGGAGGAACCAGAGGAGGAACCAGCAGCUGAGGAGGAACCAGAGGAGGAACCAGCAGCUGAGGAGGAACCAGAGGAGGAACCAGCAGCUGAGGAGGAACCAGAGGAGGAACCAGCAGCUGAGGAGGAACCAGAGGAGGUGGAGGCUGCAGCUGAAGAGCCUGUUGAGGAGGCGGUGGAGGAACUCGAGGAGGACGCUGUAGAGGAGGACAGUGCUCCCGCAGAAGAAGCUGGUGAAGAAGCAGCUGAGGAGCAAUCUGAAGAGGAGGCUGAACCUUUAGAAGAAGCUGUAGAGGAAGAAGCAGCAGCAGCAGGUGAAGAGGAGGCUGCUCCUUCAGAGGAACCUGUGGAGGAGGCUGCUGAGGAGGAGAUGGCUACAGAAGAAGCCGUUGAAGAUGUAGCAGCAGCAGUGGAAGAGGAGGUAGCACCUGCAGAUGAACCUGCAGAUGAACCUGCAGAUGAACCUGCAGAUGAACCUGCAGAUGAACCUGCUGAAGAACCAGCUGAAGAACCAGCUGAGGAACCAGCUGAGGAACCAGCUGAGGAAGAGGAUGCAGCUCCUUCAGAAGAAGCUGUUGAGGAGCAGGCUGAAGAGGAGGCAGCUCCUGAAGAAGUCAUGGAGGAGCAGACAGAAGCAGAGACAGAAGAAGAAGCAGCAGAAGCAGCAGAGGAACACAUUCAGGAUGAGCCCACAGAAACGUAGAGGCUGCAGCGGUCGCCACGGUGACGGAGCCGGGACCCACUGAUGCUGCAUCAGCACCAUCUGAGCAUGCUCAGAGCGAUGAUGCAUCUCUCCACCUCCAGAGAAACGAUUGAGUUGUCAUGACAACCCCCCCCACCCCCACCCCCUUUAGUUCAAUGUGACACGAUGAACUGUUUUCUAGUACGGUACUUCCUGUUUCUACCCUUCAUCGUUCUUCUGCUUUCUCUCCUUUUAGAGACCUUUUUCCAUUUGUGUUCAGGUGUGUGUGUGUGUGUGUGUGUGUGUGUGUGUGUGUGUGUGUGUGUGUGUGUGUGUGUGUGUGUGUGUGUGUGUGUGUGUGUGUGUGUGUGUGUGUGUGUGUGUGUGUGUGUGUGUGUGUGUGUGUGUGUGUGUAUAUAGCCGGUUAACCAGAGUCUCAAAUCUGAAGAAGCGUGACAUCAAACCGGUUCACACUUCUUUACGUUUUCAGUGACGUCAUUUAGCCUCCUGGAGCAAAAUUCUGAGGCCAAGUUUUAAAAAAACGAGGCCAAAGUUGACGUCUGAACACGAAUCUGUGGUUUCAUAACAGACUCUGGUGUUUAAAGGUUCAGAAGCUUCACGCUUGUAGAAAUCACAAACCUCACUGUGAACGCUGCAGAAUGUCUCCUCCUGCUGGCGGAGGAGACAAAAUACUUCAUUUGUUCUCUGAAUCAAACCUCUGCACCCCUUUUAUUGCAGAAUUACUUAGAAAUGUAGAGAAUCGGCUCCACAGCGGUGGAGAUUCUAUGCAAAGAUGUUCAGUUUCCACUUAGUGUGGAUCCAGAGGAGUCUGUUUGUGAUCAAAUCAUUCCUCUCUGUGAGCCGUAGUGUCAGAUGUUAGAUCUGUGUUGAACUCUCCUUCUGUGUGUGUGUGUGUUUUGUUUUUUCUGUAUUUUCUCAUUUGAUUGAAAGAUCAUCAAAUAAGUUAAACUUCAGCUCUUUGAACUGUGACGUUAAUGAGGACCACGAAUGGUGCCCAAGUUCUUUUACCCCCAAACACACCAGUGAUUAGACGGGUCCCUGCAGAUUCAGGCAGGAUAAAAGCAUUUUUAACCCCGUGUGAGCCACACUUUUCCAAACGUGUGGCUCACACCGGGUUAAUCAGAUCAUUCCUGAGGAGCUCCAGGUGUUUUUAUCGUCAGUAACUUCACUUUAAGGGAAACUUUCUUUAUUUUCUGUCCCGUUUUUUUCUUUUCUUUUUGACAACAGAAAUGAUCUCGGUGUGUUUUCCACAUCUUCUUACACACACCUCCACAUGUUUAGCCAAAUAAGAGCAUUUUCUUUCUUGUUUUUGUGGCCAGAGCUGCAGGUAAACAUCUUUUCUGUGCUCCUGUUUAACGUGUGAAUGACCCCGUAUGGGAUGAAAUCUGAGCACCACACAAGAUGAUGAAACACUUGACAGUACAUGAUGUUUGGGCUGGGCGAUAAAUCGAAUUAAUUUGAUUAAUUCGCAUUUUUAAAACCUGACGAUUUGAAAAUUUGCCAAAUCAUAAAAUCGAGGCGAGCUUAAAUAUAUAACAGAUUCUUCUUCUGCCUUUCACGACUUGUGCACUGGCGUUUGCUUCCGCCUCUCAUCUCCUUCCACCAAAACACUCACACCUCCGUCAUGGCGGACAGAACAGCAGACGAAGAGUUGGUCGCGAGAAAAGGGCCUCAUGUUACAUCGAUUCUAUGGAAGUGGUUCGGCUUUGACAAGACUGACACAGAGCAAACUACAGUCAUGUGCCAGGUUUGCAAAAGUACUGUGAAAACGAAGAGUAGCAGCACAACUAACCUCUUUCAGCACCUCGGACAGAGGCAUCCUAAAGAAUGGGAAGAGUGCUGCAGCUACAGGAGUGCUGCAUGGCUAGCACUAGCCAUAGCAAACAGACCGCAAAGAAACAACAAAAAUCCAUUAAAAUCGUAAUCGUCCAAGAUGACUAAAAAAAUAGAGAUUUUAUUUUUUGGCCAUAUCGCCCAGCCCUACAUGAUGUGUAGAAGUUGUUACAACACACUACAUUUAGUGGGUUUUUGGUGUCUCUAGUCCUGACUUCCUGUAAGAACCACGUUGUUUGUUAGGGAUGAAACACAUUCCAGUCGUGUUCAGUAGUUGUUUUUGUAGUUUUUUUCUUUCCCUGUAACACUAGCUGGUUUUCUACUUCUUAACUCUUUGUAAGUCGAUGUGAAGCGUAAAACCUUUUUAACAUUGAAGAUUACAGUCUUUACCAAGAGAGAGCUUCUAGAUUUUUAAAAAAGGAACGUUUUUAAAAAGAACUUGGAGAAAUUUAAAAAAAAAAAGAACUCUACUUUCUGAAAAUGCUUUAGGAAGCUUUUUAUGAAGCCAUAAGCUGUUUGUGGAUGGGCGCUACUUCAGGACAAACUCUGAUUGUGUAAGGAGACAAAAAGAUGAGCAAUAAAGCAAAAAGCAGCAGAUAAACGGCUGCAGCAGCAACAUGAAGCAGGCGUCCAGCUUCUCAUGGCUCAUGUUUGAUCAGAAGUCGUGUCCCAGCUGUAGAGGGUGGAUUUGUUCCAGACAUAGCAGGAGCUGGUAGAAAUAACACAAAGAAAACUACCGACCUUCUGUUUGCCUCAUGGUUUUGCUGUCUGAUUCAGUCCUACAGACUUACUGUGGUCAAUAAAUUAUUGUAAAGUACUGAUGGAUUGUUUCAAGGAGAUUGGAAGCGGCACCAUUUUCUGUAAAUGAUCUGUUCUGGGAGCUGCAAUAAAUAAGAGGUUUGGGACAACAAA